UGUCACACGUUUAUGGAUUGGCCGUCUCAGCAACCCAACAAUCAUGGCGGCAGCAAGUACUCGAUUGAAGUUGCUCUCUCUAAUAGAAGAUAUUGAAAUUAUAUCAAAAGAAUUGUUUGAUUUGAUGAGCACACCUAAAGGGCAGCAGAGGUCAGAUGCCCCAGACUCAGUAUCUCUGAUGGAACUACUGAUGGAAAAAGACAAAGAUGUCAAGAAGACACUACAGCUAGCGGAAGAACAAGCAGGUAUACAGAAAGUAUUGGAUGCUCUGAAGUCCGAGGUUGACAGUCGGGACCAAGAUAUAAAAAAUUUACAGAGGAAUCUCAAGGAGGCAGAAACUAUUCUGGAAACAGCGAUGUACCAGGCCAAACAAAAACUGAACACAAUAUCCCAGGCCAGCAAGAAGGCUGUAUCCUCAGAAGAACUCAUCAAGUUUGCACACAGAAUCAGUGCCAGUAACGCUGUAGCUGCACCCGUCACAUGGCAACCAGGUGAUCCACGGCGACCUUACCCAACAGAGCUGGAGAUGAGACAUGGUGUGUUAGCUCAGGGAACAUAUACAGAUGCCUCAGUGUCAUCCAGACCAGGGCAGCUUAGUCAAGAUCAAGGCACACCAACAACAGUUGGUGCCAGUGCUGGGUUGUCAUGGCAACCGCCACAAGACCUACCUGUAUCCCUCCCAUCAAGCACCCCCCAGCCCCCCUCUGACCCCCUCAAGGGACAUAACAAGGAGAAUGAAGAAGUGGAGCUAAUGUCUAGUGACUCAUCUAGUAGUAGUUCUAGUGAUGAAUAAAAUUUGUACAGUAA